GACACGCAAAAAACGAUAAUAAAUCUCGUCGUUAAGUUUAACCAAUUUUUUAUUUAUUAAUUAUUUAUUAUUAUAGUUUUAUAGUUAAUUUUUUUAUUUUUAUUAUAGUUAAAAUUAAUAUAAUAAAUAUAGAUGCUUAUCCUUUAUUAAUGGAGGUAAACUUUAUGGGUUUGUUUAAAAAAAAAAAAAAGAAGGAAGAAUUUGAUUACAUGCGUCUGUACCAGUGGCGUCUAAAAGAGGAAUACGAAUCAGGGAAACCCGAUGAGAUAACUACUAGAGGUCAAUCUAUAUCGAUGUCUGCUGAUAAAGCCAGAAGACUAAUUGAUCAGAUUCGUGGGCGUUCCUACGAAGAAACCCUUAUGAUAUUAGAACUUAUGCCCUAUCGAGCAUGUUAUCCUAUUUUUAAAUUGAUUUAUUCUGCAGCAGCAAAUGCUAGUCACAAUAGAAAAUUUAACAAAGCGAACUUAAUUAUUAGUAAAGCUGAAGUUAAUAAAGGCACUACCAUGAAAAAAUUAAAACCGCGAGCUCGCGGACGUAGUUUCAUGAUAAAAAAACCUACUUGUCACAUAACUAUUGUAUUAAGAGAUACAAGCUUCUUUGAUGGAUAUGAAAAAUAUAUAGAAAGUUUAAUUCCAGAUGAUAUAUUAACUUUGUUCCGUGUUAUGCCUUUAGGUAGGCGAGUAGAACUUUUUUCUGGUCGUUAUCUGGAUAAGUUUAAAUUAAAGUCUAUGUUUUACCGUCUAGGUAUAUUAUAA